CGGGGAGGCGGGGCGCUGCGCGGCGGCUGCGCGGGGGGACACGGCGGGGAGGGACGGACCAGGAAUUAUUUUUAUUUCUUUGUUUCCCGGGGAAAAAAAAAAGAAAAAAAAAGGGAAAAAAACCAACAUAAACCCCCCAAAAAAACCCCCGCGCUCGGGAACCCCCCGCGGGGGCGGAUGGUGCUGCCGUGAGCGGGGCGGGCCGGGCCGGGCCGGGCCGGCGGGAUGAAGCGGCGGAGCGCGGACUGCAGCAAACUGCGGCGGCCGCUCAAGCGGAACCGCAUCACCGAGGGCAUCUACGGCAGCACCUUCCUGUACCUGAAGUUCCUGGUGGUGUGGGCCCUGGUGCUGCUGGCAGACUUUGUGCUGGAGUUCAGGUUUGAGUACCUGUGGCCCUUCUGGCUCUUCAUCAGGAGCGUGUACGACUCCUUCCGCUACCAGGGCCUGGCCUUCUCAGUAUUUUUUGUGUGUGUAGCAUUCACCUCCAACAUCAUCUGCCUGCUCUUCAUCCCCAUCCAGUGGCUGUUCUUUGCUGCCAGCACCUACGUGUGGGUACAGUAUGUGUGGCACACAGAAAGAGGUGUGUGCUUACCAACAGUAUCACUGUGGAUACUUUUUGUUUAUAUUGAAGCAGCCAUUAGAUUUAAAGAUUUAAAAAACUUCCAUGUGGACCUUUGUCGUCCAUUUGCAGCACACUGCAUUGGCUACCCUGUUGUGACUUUGGGCUUUGGCUUUAAAAGUUACGUCAGCUACAAGAUGCGUUUGAGGAAGCAGAAGGAGGUGCAGAAGGAGAACGAGUUCUACAUGCAGCUCCUGCAGCAGGCGCUGCCCCCAGAGCAGCAGAUGCUGCAGAGGCAAGAGAGGGAGGCAGAGGAAGCAGCCAAAGGAUUAUCUGAUAUGGAUUCCUCAAUACUCCUGCAGCACAAUGGAGGCAUUCCAGCCAAUAAAAAAAUCUCUGCAACGUUGCCAGAGCUGGAAUAUCGAGAAAAAGGGAAAGAAAAGGACAAGGAUGCAAAGAAACACAACCUUGGAAUAAACAACAACAUUUUGCAACCUGUAGACUCUAAAAUACAAGAAAUUGAAUAUAUGGAAAACCAUAUCAAUAGUAAAAGAUUAAAUAACGAUCUUGUAGGAAGUACAGAAAACCUCUUAAAAGAGGACUCAUGCACUGCCUCGUCCAAAAAUUACAAAAAUGUCAGUGGGGUUGUGAACUCCUCACCCCGCAGCCACAGUGCAAGCAACGGGAGCAUCCCCUCCUCAUCCUCUAAAAAUGAGAAAAAACAGAAAUGUGCCAACAAGAGCCCGAGCACACACAAGGACUUAAUGGAAAACUGUAUUCCUAAUAACCAGCUAAGCAAACCAGAUGCACUGGUAAGGCUGGAGCAGGACAUCAAGAAGCUGAAGGCUGACCUGCAGGCCAGCAGGCAGGUGGAGCAGGAGCUGCGCAGCCAGGUGAGCUCGCUGAGCUCCGCCGAGCGCGGCGCGCGCGCCGAGACGGGCCAGCUGCGCCAGGAGAACGAGCUGCUGCAGAACAAAUUGCACAACGCUGUACAGAUGAAACAAAAAGACAAACAAAUGAUCAGCCAGCUGGAGAAGAAGCUAAAGGCAGAGCAGGAGGCACGAACCUUUGUAGAAAAACAAUUAAUGGAAGAAAAGAAGAGGAAGAAGUUGGAAGAAGCAACUGCUGCACGAGCUGUGGCCUUUGCUGCUGCUACCAGAGGUGAGUGCACCGAGAGCCUGCGCGGCCGCAUCCGCGACCUGGAGAGCGAGUGCAAGAAGCUCAGCCUGGACAUCAAAGUGAAGGAGGAUCAGAUCCGAGAGCUGGAAAUCAAAGUGCAGGAGCUGCGGAAGUACAAGGAGAACGAGAAGGACACCGAGGUGCUGAUGUCGGCGCUCUCGGCCAUGCAGGACAAGACGCAGCACCUGGAGAACAGCCUGAGCGCAGAGACCAGGAUCAAGCUGGACCUCUUCUCUGCCCUGGGGGAUGCCAAGAGGCAGCUGGAGAUCGCCCAAGGUACGGGGCUGCCCUGCACACGGCCUGGGGGUCUGAGCUUUGGGGUUCCCUGGGAGGGAAUUGGGCAUUUCUGUCUUUGGCAAUGCAGCUGGAACCAGCUGAGCUCAGCUGCCCACCCCAUCAGGCUGAUACUGAGCAUUAAAAUAGGUGUUUCAAUGAAUUCCUGAUUAUUUUCUGCAUUUUAUAAACCAUUACAAGGAGCUGGAGAUCUUUUAAAGAGCUGUCUCUUUAAAAGAUAUAAAUUAAUUAAAUUAAAUCUGUUAUUAAGCUGCUCUCCCGUCAUCCUGAUAAUAUUUUAUUAUAAUAAUGUUUUAUUACUCCUAAAUAAAUAUUUCUUUUAUUAUAAUAAUGUUUUAUUACUCCUCAAGUAAAUAAAACCCAAAUUUGAGGAGAACCCAACCUGUUUUAACCCUGAGCAGGUGAGGGGAGUGUGGGCACUGCCACCAGAGGGAGCAGAAAACCAACCUAAAACCCAGGCCAGGCUUUGUGCAGCUGUGCAAACCAUGGAGCAGCACUCAAAAACUGCAUUUAACACCAACUUCAUUCCCCUGCAGAAGGCUGGUUGAUUGCAGGAAUGUUUAAUUAGAGGGAGAAAUUGGUUUUUUGUUUCAGGAGUGGGUUUGUUCAGCACCUGCCUGCAGGAAUUGCUGUGGUGGUGGUGUGAAAGCUCAGAGAGAAGUGAGGGGAGUGGGACAGUUUGGAAAAUUAAAAGUUUCUAUGACUGAAGGGGAAUGGGAAAAGGCAGGAAAAUGGGAUUAAAUAGCAUUAAUCUUUGGGGGUGGUGCAGCUGUGAGCCCAAACCAUGCAGAAUCAUCAUGGGAGCGUUGAGAUUUGUUCUGUGGGAGUUGGAGCUCAUCAGGCUGGGCCCUGCAGGGCUGCACAGGGGUGGCUGCAGGGCCCUGAGCUGCACAGGAGCUGCACAGGGCUGCCUGCAGGGCUCUGAG